AUGAGUGAAGAAGGAAAGGUAAUUGGCCAACAACACCAGACCUCUCACACUCAUCAUCCAGAAGAGCAACACCCACCUCAGUACGGUACUUUCCAAGGUGUUGCAAACUACCCGCCUCCUCAGCCGCCGGCGAUCGGCUUUCCUCAGCCUGUUCCGCCGCCAGGCGCCUCAGAACCACCACCUCAGUACUACGCUCAUGGCUACCACGCCGUUCCAGGUUAUGCAGUUGCCGAAGGAAGACCUGUAAGAGAACGUCGUCUUCCGUGCUGUGGUAUAGGCAUUGGCUGGUUCUUGUUCAUCAUUGGUUUCUUCCUUGCUGCUAUCCCCUGGUAUGCUGGGGCAAUUAUUUUACUCUGCUCCAGAUAUGACCACCGAGAGAAACCUGGCUAUAUCGCAUGCAUGAUUGCUAAUAAACCAUAUGGAGAUGUCUGGUAUGCUCUAAUCAAUUUCAUUCAAGGCAAGCUUUCUCCUUUUAGAAUCUCUAUGGAGCCCGAUGAAUUGCCUGAGACUGCAGCGAUUCAAGGCAGAAAUAAGUAUGAGACAAAAGUCUAG